CUCGAAUGUCGGACGUUAAAAGCGCCCUCUAUUGCGAUAAAAUGAAUGUCCCUGGUACCUGAAGCUCGCAUUUCUGGUUCUAACUUCGUUCGGUGAACAUCCAGAAGCCAAUACAUAUCUAUCAACGAUGGCCGAUCUUUUGCCCAGGGAGGUUGAAAGAGCGGAAUUCUGCUUCUCAAUCUAUGAUGCUGAUGGUACCAAUGUAAUUGACGCAUUCGAUCUUGGAAAUGUUCUUCGGGCACUCAAUCUCAACCCAACAAAUGCAACAAUUGAAAAAAUGGGAGGAACCAAAAAGAGGGGUGAAAAAAAAAUGACGUUAGAAGAAUUCUUGCCGAUUUUCAGUCAACUUAAAAAGGACAAAGAUCAAGGAACCUAUGAAGAUUUCCUUGAGUGUUUGAAACUUUAUGAUAAGCAAGAAAAUGGAAUGAUGCUUGGUGUUGAACUUUCCCACAUGCUUUUAACUCUUGGUGAAAAAUUAGAAGAAGACGAAGUUCAAACCGUGCUAUCAGAAUGUAUGGAUCCAGAAGAUGAAGAUGGUUUCAUCCCAUAUGCACCCUUCUUGAAGAAAAUGAUGGUACUUCUGUAAAUCCAGUCAGCCAGUCUUUAAAAUCAGCCGUUCCUUCGUCGACUGUGCGACCGUGCAGCUGACAAUUCAGAAUAAACAAAAAUUGCUGAUUAGAACGAAGCUAUUCCCAGAUGUACAUCAGUGUCAAGUUAAGAAGACGAAAAAAUGAUUUAUUUUUUAAAUAAAAAAAUUAUUUAUAUCACAAUCACACAUUCACAUUGAAAAACAUUUUUCUUAAUAUCAUCAAUCAUUUAUAAUUUAUUCCAAUCAGUUGUCUCGUCUUCUUUUUUUCCCUUAAUCAUUUGAAACAAAUUUUUUCUCUAACAACACGUGAAAAAAAUCCAAUAUGUUCAAU